AUGGCCGACACUGCGGAUGAAGCCGGUGGCUCCGUUUCGGAGCCCCUCGACCUGGUGCGACUGUCCUUGGAUGAGGUCGUGUUUGUCAAGCUCCGAGGCGAUCGUGAAUUGAAAGGACGAUUACACGCUUACGACAGUCAUUGCAAUCUUGUAUUGGGCGAGGUGGAAGAAACCAUAUACACCAUCGACGAAGAUGAAGAAGGCGAGGACGCUGUCCGGACACAAAAGAAGCAGUCGGACAUGCUAUUCGUCAGAGGUGAUUCGGUUGUCCUUAUUUCUCCACAACCUGCAUGA